CGCCUCUGGUUUAUUUAUAGACAACCUUAAUAUCAACAACACUUCAUCGGUGUAUGUCAUAUAUUAAUCUUCAGGGAAAGAAUUAGGAAGGACGAGGAGGCACCAUGUCCAAGGAUCACUGGAUGAGGGAUCUGCAAAGUGAAUUGCGUGACCUGUCCAUUAUCAAUCUGGCUAUACCAGGUUCCCACAAUUCGAUGACAUAUGGCAUAAAUAGCAAGUCUGAACUAUCGCCAGAUGCGGAAACUUCCAUUAGGCGAUGGCAUCGCUUCUUUCCCUGUUUCGUCCGCCGUUGGUCCAAGACGCAAUCUUCUGGGAUUCUGGAGCAACUGGAGUUUGGAGUGCGGUACUUUGAUCUAAGGAUAGCCCAGAAGGAUGACAAGUUUUACUACUGUCAUGGUCUCUUCGCUAUGGAGAUUUUCGAGCCGCUUUUAGAGAUCCGCCAGUUCGUCGACUCCCAUCCAGAGGAGGUGGUUAUACUAGAUCUGCAGCACUUUUACGCCAUGACAAUGGCUCAGCACCAGCAGCUGCACAAGGAUCUGAUCCAGUUUUUCGCCCAUCGUCUGUACUCCACGGUAGAUGGUUCCCUCAAGGAUUGUACUUUGAAUAGAUGUUUGGAAAUGCAUCGGAGCGUGGUGAUCAUCUAUAGGCGAUGUCCCAUUCCGCUGCCGCUCAGAUUCUGGCCCAGUUAUGCGUGGCCCACUCCGUGGCCCAAUAAAACGAGUGUCAAGAAGCUGCAAUCCUUUCUGGAGGACUCCCUCCUCUCGCGACAGCCCCAACAGGGUUAUGUCUCCCAGUGCCUUAUCACGCCCACACCUCGCUACAUCGCCUUACGGCUCUUCUUCACCCUAAAGAGCGCAGCAAAACGGGUGGACAAGAAGCUGGAGCCUUGGAUUCAGGAACAGAUUCCAGGUCCCUUCGAGCCAAACGACGAGCCUAGGGUAAAUGUGUUUCUGGCCGACUUUGUAAGCCUUAAGGACGGACAGUUCUGCGAUUGGGUAGUCAAUCUAAACACAAAAUUACUGGAGCAAUUGGCUGUGGAUAGAAAUCUAGAGUCCACUUGAAAGCGUGGCACAGAAAUGGCCGAAAGAUGGAUAUUUCCGCUAUUGUAGGAAAGGCAGAGGGAAGUUAGCCUGUGGUGAUUUUAUUAUUUUUAAAAGCCAAUAUUUGGAUUUUACUACAAAACAAAAGCAUUCUUUGAAUAUUAAGUUGUGUAAGACCGAAAAUCAUGAAAAAGAAUAAGUGAUUUAUUUGAUAAACUA